GCCACGGCGUGAGAUAUGCCCGGGAGCCGCGGCAGACCGCAAGCGCAGACGGUUCGACGCACCAACGGAGCCGCUCAUUUCGGUGGAUCGUCGUUCGUGAAGCAGCAGGAGGAGGAGGCCGAGGCCGCCACCGCCGGCGGGAUGGCUCCGCUGCCGGGCCCUGCAGCGCCGCCGAGGCUCCUCCUGCUGCCGGCCGCAUCGACGGCUCCUGCUCCUGCUCCAGGGGCUCCCUCGCCUUCCCCGCCGCCCCGUAAGCGGCAGCGCCUGGCGCACCUCAGCCCAGAAGAGAAGGCCCUACGCCGGAAGCUGAAGAACCGCGUGGCGGCGCAGAGCGCGCGCGACCGCAAGAAGGCGCGCAUGGGCGAGCUGGAGCGGCAGGCCGUCGAACUGGAGGCCGAGAACCAGAAACUGGUGGCCGAGAACCGGCGGCUGCAGGAGCGCGCCCACAGCUUGGCGCGCGAGAACCACGAUCUGCGCCUCCGUCUCGGACUUCCCGCGCUGAAGGUGGAAACGCAGGAGGAGACAGCAAGCAUCGCCCCUGGGGGGGCAGAGACCGGGUCCUCUGAGUCCGCAGCACUUAGACUACGUGUUCCUCCGCAGCAGGGACAGGCCCAGCAGUCUUCUGCCUCCACAGUGGGGGAGAGGAAGAGGAAGAGGAAAGGUGGCCUCCCUCUGGGCACAGACAGCCUGGCUUCUUCAGAUGCUGAGUCUGAUCUCCUCUUGGGCAUUUUGGACAGUCUGGAUCCAAACAUGUUCCUGCACUGCAGCAGCUCCCAGGCAACCUUCUUUGAAAAGCUGCAGCAGGAAGUGUGUGGAGAAGCAGCUGUUCCCUUACCUGCCUCCACCAGCCCCUCCUUGGGGCCUGCACCACUCAAGCAAGACGCCAUUAAUGAACUGAUCAGGUUUGAUCAUGAAUACACCAAGCCAUUCUUCCUGGAGAUCAUAUCGGAAGCAGCCACCCAGACCAGUGCACUCCUGGAGGAAGUGGUGGCUUCUCCUCCCCUGCAGGCCCCUGUCUCUGUGAAGGAGGAGCCUGCAGAUACCCUUUUGCCUGACCUGGGCCUCUCCCAUCUGCUCUCCUCAGACCAGAGGCCUCCCUCACUGCUGGAUGCAGCCAGUGACUCGGGCUAUGAAGGCUCACCCUCCCCGUUCAGUGACCUGUCCUCUCCUGUGGACACAGAUUGCAGCUGGGAGGAGGCCUUUGCCAAGGAGCUCUUUCCUCAGCUGAUCAGUGUGUGAUAGCUUUUGGACAGCCCUCAGAUGGACAGGUGUUUUGGAAGAAGAUUCCUCUUGAAAGUGUUUCAUCAGAUUCCUAAGUAUUGCUUCUUUUUUUUGUAUGUCAUCAAGGUGUUCCAUAGCCCUUCCAAGAAAUGAAACCGCCACUCAAGUCAGCUUUGUUGGAAAAAAAGAAGGGAUCCUGCUUAGGGAGAAAUUGCUAAUCCCUCUCAGUAGCUUCUCCUCAGUGGGUAAAUAAAGGCGGUGGGGCAAGAUAUUAUGUAAAUAUACAUGUACCGCUUUUUUUGAAAGUUAUUUUCUGGCAGCAUAUUUAAACUUGCUGUAAUUAAAAUGCAGAGCAAGUCGUA